UCGACUUGGACGUCGUAGUAGUCGUCGUCGUCGUCGAAUGUCGAUAGAUCGUACGAGAUCUGUAUAACGUUUGCUAUAUAGUCUUGCGAGUGCCUCGACGAGCAACGCAUCUCUCGCGCGCUCGCUUCUCAAAGUGUAUAUAAAAUAUAAAUUAUUAUAAAAUAACUCGGCGAGUUUUUCAUAUAGUAGUAGCUUAUAUACAUAGAAGUAUAUCGCAAGCGGUGAUAGUCGAGAGAAAAACGUUGCGACAUCGUUGGCUGCUACAUAGGCACUCGAUCGAUCUAGAAGUGCAUAUAAUACUCGAGUUUAUUAUUAUUGGACGAACUGCAUUUGCAACGCAAUUCGCAUCCCUACGAGGCUGUACGAGUGCACGGAGUAAAAUUUCAUUCUUCGGAGCAACUGUCAUCCAAGCAACCCCUCGUUCUGGUGCUUAUUCGAGGCAUUCGCUAGUCGAGUGUCGUCGGCCGGUGCUGUUAUAAGCUGCUGCUACUCGUGCUCCGCACGAGCAGUUGUGCUUCUUCGAGUGUGUAUAGUAUCUAGACAAUACUGCGGCGGCCUCUGAUAUUCGCGCGAAGAAAGAGAGAGAGAUAGAAGGACAAGUCCAGUGAACAAUAAUAUAACAAUUUAAUCGUUCGGUGCGAGGCGCGCGAUUUCUGUCGAGUGUAUGACUCGUGUAUAUAAUCUCUUAACAGAAAACGGUGGCCCAGUGCGAUAAGGCUCCUCGUGAAUCGCCACGAUAGAGCAUAAGAUACAUAUAUACCGCCUGCGUAUAACCCCAACGCAGCAGUUUUCUCGCGGUAUACUAUAUAAUACAAUCGUCAUCCAGCAGCAGUCGACAACAAAGCCGCAAUAAUCGCUCGUCGAGAUAACUUUGGAAGCUUUGGUGCGGUAUUGCAGAGAUUGUCGACACUUGUCACUGCCUCGUGUGUUUUGUUCUCGCGCGAGACUCUGCGUUUCUUUUUUGUUUCAUUUACGCAGUGGUGCGCGCGCGAGGCUCUCGCACAGCAGCAGUACUAUAACACAGUGUGCCAAGCGCCCGUAGUAGUGCGAAACGGAGUCAAAAUAUUAAAGGAUCGCUGCGCGAAUGCUGUGUUAUCGUUGUUGUGGUGGUGCCGUGGCAGCUCGUGUUUUCAUCCCAGUGUCGUCUGCAUCGUCGCGCUCAACAGUCGUCACUGCAGCUCUUUAAUUCCUCUGUGCAGAUAUAGGCUAAGCUAAGCGAAGAGAAGGAAGAAAAAAGACAACGACGACGUCGACGAAGAAAGAAGAAGAAGAAGAAGAAGCGUGUCUGCGCGGGUGGGAUAUCUCGUGCCGCUGUCUACGUAACAAUACAACGACGGCACCGCUGCUGCUGCUUCUAAUUCGACCCCCGGACGAGAUGAAAUAACGAGAGACCAGCUCGAUCGUCUCUCUUGCUCUCGUCCUCUCUCGUAUAUUAUAAUAUACACACCCGUGUUAUACAUGCCAUACCAUUGUGGCUUGGGCAUUAUUAAUCGUGCGGCGAGGAGAGAAGUCUCUUCUUCUCUCUCGCGUCGUGUAGCGGCAUAGCGCAUCGGCACUAGAUUAUCGCGUCGCGCGAAGGCGCCCCCGAGACCUCCUCUUCUUCUUCUUCGUCUCUCCUCCGCGUGUGAGUGUGUGUGUGCGCGCCCCGUGCUCAGUCCUCAGUGCAGGCUAGUCGGUAGUGCGCGUCAUCGUCACACCUCGCAACACCGUCGUCCGGUCGUCGUAUUUAGAGUGCCCAAGGAACGUAGUCGUCGUCGUCGUUUUGCGUCUGUACGCGUUACGUCGUCAACCUUACACGCAGAGAGGAAGAGAUAUAUCGGUAUCUAAAGACGAGAUCUCCCCCCUUGAAUUAUAUAUAGAAGAGACACAGAUUAUACUUGGGUGCUGCAUCGUACGACGAGUACGCUUAACCUAAACGCAUACCAUCGAACGAGAGUAACGUCCUUUGGAGAUAUCUGCUAUCGCUCCGCUCCGUAAUACGGUGCUCGCUCCGAUAUUUUUGGUGCGACCAAGAAAUUUGAGGAAAAAAAUUCCGUGACAGAUCGGGCACGGUAUUUUUGAAGCAACAGGCUUGAUACAGCGAGCGGCCCUAUCGCACACACGUCCUAGUCUUAUCAACAGCUGAUCGACACACGGUGCAGCUGCAACGACGUGCACCGACAGCAAUUCAUAGAGAGAGAGACAAUAACGCAAAUCAAAAAGAUAAAGUACGGUAAUUUUUUUAUUUUUGCUGUGUGCAGAAUAAAAAUACAAAAAAAAAGUCUGUAAAGAGAAUCGAGACACAGUACACGGCUCUCUUCGGACGGCUAUUGGCUUGAUCUCUAUCGACGAUAAGCUAAAGAAUUUUUUUCUCUCUCUCUCUCUCUUUCUGGCGAGAAAUAAACCUCGCGCGGAAUCGAUAAGCGGCCCGCUGAAAAAGUGAAGUGUCUCCGUGCGUGAUUGUUAUAAACUGCGUGCGCGGCGACGACGACGACGGUGACAACGGCGAUUGCCGCCGCUGCCCGCUUUAUUAAUCGGCCGCCCGUGUGCGCGCUUGCACACUCGCAUUUUUUUCAUUUUAUAUAUAUAUAUAUAUAAAUUUGCGGCCUCUUCAUAGUCGCUCGUAUAUAGUAUAUAACAAUAUAAUAUAAAAGACAAAAACAAAGAACCGAUGCUCGACACUCUACUUACACCUGUUUAGUGACGUACACACACACACAGCACAUGCCCUGCGAGCUGCUGCACGUCGAUAUAGUGCCAGCUCGAAAUUGACAGAGAUAGAGAGAGAAAUCGAAGAAUCGUGUGCGCGAUAUCCACGAGGAUUCCCCGGAAUAUCUGUUAGAGAAAGUAAAAAAAAAAAAAAACAAAACUAGAAAAUAUGGAGCUGGUAAGCGAGUGUCUGUCGGACAACUGCACGAGGUCCGGCCUGCUGCUGGACUACAACGACGCCUGGUCGGCCUGGGACUACUUCGAGUACCGGCCCUGGCUCUUCUCCAUCAUGGGCAGCGUCAUGGUCGGCCUGUCGGGCGUCUUUCCGCUCCUCGUCAUACCGAUCGACGAGGCCGCCGAUCUCAGGACUGGAGACAGUGCAAAAACUUUGAAGAUUCUUCUGAGCUUUGCGGUCGGUGGACUUUUGGGUGAUGUUUUCCUUCAUCUGCUACCGGAAGCUUGGGAAAUACAAGCGGCGGCCAAGAAAGCAGAAGGCGAGCACGCCUCCAUGUUCAUCGGCCUCUGGGUGCUCGUUGGAUUCUUCCUGUUCGUCGUCGCCGAGAAACUGUUCAAUCACUCGAAAACCGACAGCGAGAUCGGCGCCCAUGACAAUGUAACAAUCGACAACACGGAGCAGCAACGACGCAUUGACGACGACAACAAGAGUUCCGAAAACAACAACAGCAACGAGGAGCAGCCGAUAGAAGACGAGCGCACGGACGAGAUCGCGGGCUUGAAGAAACGACACUCCGAUCAACGCACGAACGGACUGAAAAAUUUAUCGAACGGAGUUGGGAAAAGCAACGGAAAUUGCAACGGGCACGUCGUGACGGAAAGAUCCGUAGCUGAGAAUACCCGCGAACGACAACAAGUAUCGGACCCAAAGCCCCAGCAGCAGGAGCAGGAGAGGCCAAAGGACAUAGCCGGCUACCUGAAUCUCUUGGCCAACUUCGUGGACAAUUUCACGCACGGCGUGGCGGUGGGCGGCGGCUUCCUGGUCUCGUUCAGGCUCGGCGUCCUCACGACCUUCGCCAUACUCGUGCACGAGAUACCGCACGAGAUCGGCGACUUCGCCAUACUGCUCAGGAGCGGCUUCAGCCGGUGGGACGCGACCAGGGCCCAGUUGCUGACGGCGACCGGCGGCGUCGGCGGCGCCCUCUUCGCCGUCGUCUCCGGCAAUGCUUUUCACUCUACAAAUUGGAUACUUCCUUUUACGGCGGGGGGCUUCCUGCACAUCGGACUGGUGUCCAUCUUGCCGGAGCUGGUGCAAGAAAAGAGCCCGAAGGAGUCGUUGAAGCAGAUGAGCGCCCUGUUCGUGGGCAUUGUUGUAAUGGCGUCCUUAACGAUGCUGUUUGAUUAAUCGAGAUUUAAUGAUUGUUAUUGUAGUGGAAUAUAUCGUCUGAACGAUUAAAACGUCGCGAAAUGAAUUCGUUGAAACGGGGGAAGAAAGAGCGAAUAUUUUUGUUGAUGAGCAGAGCUAGAAAAUAUUUUGUAAUAUAUACAUUUGUAACUAUUUUUUUACCCUUGCAAUCUUUUUUAUCUCGUUAUCGAAUGAUUUUAAAAUCAUGCUCCUAGUUUUCUUUUUGAUAAAUUACACUCUCUCGGGUAUAAUCUGCUUCUAUAGAAAUAAAUUUCUAGAUCGCGUGUAUACGAUAUGUGCGCUCUAACAAUUUUACGAAGCACAAGAACUGUUUUCUAGAAUUGAAAGUCAAGCUUUAUUUACCAAAUAUCUAAAGUCUCUUAACAUUCUGCGUUGAUUUUUUUAUCCGGAAAAUCACGAUUGAACUAUAUUUUUGAAUACUAGAUUUAUCAUACUUCUACAUAUAUUGCACAAAGGCAUGAUGAUGUUCUCAUGGUGACUCGAAAAUCUAUAAUUUUACAAAUAUUGUUACUCUCUCAAUGAUGUACCAUCAAAAAAAAAACUUUAUAUUUUUUCAAUUUUUCAUACUACUAAUGUUAAAUAGAAUAUUUUAUAGAGAUCGUCGUGAACUUGGAAAUGAAAAUGAAACUGGAAUUUGUUAAUUGAAGUUUCGAAAAUCAUUGUAUAUAAGACUCUGGGUUUAAUGUAUAAGCCCUGUGCCUAAAAAAUUAGCUUAUUGUGAAUGGUUCCUACAGGAAGAGGAAACUGUUAGUGAUGAUUUGAAGAGAUACAUACUAGUUCUUUAUUAUUUUAAUGAUUUUCAUAAAGCUCGAUAUAUGUAUAAGUUUGUAUAUAUAUAUUGUUUGUUAAAUAAAUACUAAAUAGAAUUCAAUAUAUAUUUUUUAACAAAAGUAAAGUAUAAGGCUCUGUAUUCAUAAGUUAACCCUUGUACUUAAUUUAUAGAAGACAAGGUUUCAAAUUUUUUUCCAGUUUGAAAGAUUUUUUAAAUAGCCUCAAACGUAUCUACUUUCUUUUG